AUGUCGGAAAUGCUCAUUGUUGUCAAGUACUCAGGACAAAGCUGCAUUCCCCACGCACGUGGUGGUUACUCGACACACCAAUCAAAGUCAACGAUACGCAAGCACAUCUCGUCGACAUUCAACAUUCUGCAUCUCAAACAAAAACCAGUGUUCUUCGCCACGUUCAUUCUCUGGUGCCACGUCUCGUUGCACCUUUCGCACAUCGACCGACUGCCGUGCAACGCACCAAAGUGUGUCUUGAUGCCACUUGCAUCGCUCGUGUUUCCAUUGGUUCGCUCGUUUGCCCUCAAACAGCACAUCACCACAGCUGCCAACUCGGCACUCUGCCGUCGUCGACGCAACGAGGACGAUCUACCCUUCGGCAUUCACUGGUGGGUGCUCGUUGACAUCCCACAAUGUCUCCUUGAGCUCAACUGA